AUGAGAACAGAUGCCAGGUGGGAAAAGCAGCAGAUUCCAUAUCACUCAUGGCCCAGUGCAGCUGUGGCGAACCUGAAACCCAAGGGAGGAGGGGGCAAACGGACAGCUGGGGUGGCAGUCACCCAGGUGGUGCUCCUGGUUUCCUCCCACAGAGGCAUGAAGCUCUCCACUUACCAAAAAGGCAGUGUUGCUGCUGGUGGUAAAUGCAAGGCUCCUGCCUCAGGUGUCAGGUCUCGGCAUCUCAAGAUGGGCCCAGAAGAGCCCCUGUGCCUUCCAAAGGCAUACAGGCAUCAUUUAUGUCCCUGGGAGGUGGGAGCCCAGGAGUCACACCUGACCCCUGACCACAUUCAUCACCCAUCCCCAAAGAAGAAGUUGGCUCAUUUCCAGUCUCUUCUCCUUAAGAAAGAGCAGAGACCAAAAGCUAGGAUGUUCCCUUCUGUGUGGAGACAAACCCAGAGGGAAAUGCUCCCUGUAUCAGUGUGCGGCCAGUACCGGCAGGCCACCAAGCCCCAGGUGAAUGACACUGAGGAUUCUGAUGAAGAAUGGACGCCCAGGCAGCAAGGUGAGGAGCCAGGAGGAUUUAAGGGUGUCCUGAAGCUGACCUGGGUUCAGGUACCAGCUGCGUCUCAGGAGUCCCUGACCAGAGACAGCAUCAGGCCAACCUUCUUGGGUGGCCUUCAGAGUGGAACGGAGUCAACACCGGAAGGUGAGUAUUUCCUAAAUCCUGUUGACAAGAAAAUCUUUCUCACGGACCGAAACACAGACUUCUCGGUUCUCUUCCCAAUCUCACUGUUUGGUCACCUCAUUUCCCAGAUGUAUUUGAUACCCUCUGUACAUUUCUACAUUUCCUCUUCUGAGCAGGCCCAGAAGCCAGUUUCCCCUCCUGGAAAAGCAAGUACCUCUGGACAUCACUCUAGACAAAAAAUGGAACUUGGGGGAGAGGAGACUGAAGGAAAGACGUAUAACCUACAAGAAAGAAAGGGCCGUGUGUACCAAGAGGUCAGCGAGCCCCAGGAUGACAACAACCUCUAUUGUGAGAAGUGUCAGAACUUCAUUGACAGUUGUGCUGCUCAUGGGCCCGCUGUGUUUAUAAAGGACACUGCAGUGGACAAGGGACAUCCCAACCGCUCAGCCCUCACUCUGCCCCCUGGGCUGAAAAUCAGACCAUCGAGCAUCCCUGAGGCUGGGCUUGGAGUGUGGAAUGAAACAUCUGAUCUGCCGUUGGGUGUGCACUUUGGCCCCUAUGAGGGCCACAUCACAGGAGAUGAAGAGGCGGCCAACAGCGGGUAUUCCUGGCAGAUCACCACAGGGAGAAACUCCUGUUUGUACGUGGAUGGAAAGGAUGAAUCUUGGGCCAACUGGAUGAGGUACGUAAACUGCGCCAGGGACGCCGCCGAGCAGAACCUGGUGGCCUUUCAGUAUCACAGUGAGAUCUUCUACAGAACGUGCCAGCUCAUCAGGCCAGGCAGUGAACUGCUGGUCUGGUAUGGAGACGAGUAUGGCCAGGAGCUGGGCAUCGAGCGGGGAAGCAAGUGGAAGGGAGCGCUCACAGCACAGAGAGAACCAAAGCCAGAGAUCCACCCCUGUGCCUCCUGCUCUCUGGCCUUCUCCAGUCAGAAAUCCCUCAGCCAGCAUGUGGAGCGCAAUCACCCUUCUCAGGUCCCCCCACAAACACCUCCAGGAAAACAUCUCCAACCAGAGGAUCCCUGUCCGGCCAACACAGCUGAAGGUCAAGAGGUCAAAGAAAGGUCCAAAAUUUUGCUUAAAAGUUUAAGGCAGAAGAGGAUUUCGGGGACCUUUUCCAACCCACCCAAAGGACAAAUGGGGGGCUCCAGGACACAUAAAAGAAUGAUGGAGGCCAGCACAGGCCAGAAAGUGAAUCCAGAAGACACAUACAAAUUAUCUGUGGGGGCAGGUAUGUCAACUGGAAGGGUCAGGAACAGAGGGUGGGGUCAAGGCUGCACUGAUAGGUCAAAUCUCAUCCCACACCAGAAGACACACACCGGGGAGAAGCCCUAUGUUUGCAGGGAGUGUGGACGGGGCUUCACGCAGACAGCACACCUCAUCCGACACGAGAGGAUACACACCGGGGAGAAGCCCUAUGUUUGCAGGGAGUGUGGACGGGGCUUCACGCAGACAGCACACCUCAUCCGACACGAGAAGAUACACACCGGGGAAAAGCCCUAUGUUUGCAGGGAGUGUGGACGGGGCUUCACGCAGAACGUACACCUCACCCGACACCAGAGGACACACACGGGGUAGAAGCCCUGUGUUUCAGUUAUGGCUGACCACCAGCCUCCAAGGUGGCCAACAAAUCCCCCUCCUGUUAUCCACACUCUGGUACGGCGGCCUCCUUCAUGGGACAGGACUGACAGGUGUUGUGAAAGUGCUUUACGACUCCCUAGGUCAUAG